GCCAUGCAGUUUAUCGUUUUAUAUAUAAUCGUCAUCUUGUUUUCACAAUUGUCAACUUGCUGGUCCACACAAGGAAUAGACAACGAUGGCUACAAUGUUUCUAAUGUCGUAGAAUUUCCAUCAAAUUACGUGAACGAGUCAAUGCGAUAUCUCUGUGAAGAUGACACAAUUUCUUUAAACUUCUCAAAUGCAGUAAUCUCUGAGAUCAAUCAAAAUUUUAUCAGUAGUUCUAUAAUUACUUGCCUCAAUCUCAUGGAUAAUAAUAUUGGGACCAUUGGUAAUGGCACUUUCGACAAACUUCCAAAUUUAACUCAUUUAUUUCUUUCGAACAAUAAACUCGAAAGAGUAGAUCAACUCUUUAAUUUUGGAAGUCACAAUAAGUUACAAGUUCUUAUUAUGAAUGAGGCAAUAAAUCCACGCUACUGCGGUUAUGGUAAUUAUAAAACUAUUUCCGGUGAAUAUCCCAAUAUAGAAAUUUUGUCUCUCCGUAAAAAUUGCUUGGAUGAUUUGCAGUCUUCGCGGUUUUCAUUUCCUAAAUUGAAGAUACUAGAUCUCUCUGAAAACCGCAUAACAGGAACCAAUUUUGUAGAAUUCCUACCGAAUAGCUUAUACUUUCUCGAUCUUCAUAAAAAUUCACUUAGAUCUUUGGAUUUAAGGAAAAGAACCAACAAAUUGUUUGCAUUGAACUUAAAUAACAAUCAUUUUAAUUCCAUUAGAAAUUUUGGGGGAAAAUUUUAUAGGAGUCUAACAGUGGUUGAUUUAAAAGAUCUACAAUAUCUUUCGGUUUCCGAAAAUGAGAUUGAUAAUAUCGACUCAAAUGCUUUUCAAGACAAUAACGAACUGCUCUACUUGAAUUUAUCCUCAAAUUACAUAAAAUAUUUACAUCCAAAGACAUUUGCAAAUUUGCAGUAUUUAAAAACGCUCGAUUUAAGUAACAACAAACUUGAAGAGUUUCCACAAAUCUCAAAUAAAAUAGAAGUCAAUGUUUUAUAUAUUAAUCACAAUAACAUAAAGAAAAUAAUCUCAUACAAUUUUGUGCAAAUGCCGAAAUUGACGAAAUUGUUAAUGGGA